CGUUCUGUAGGCGGAGCUUUCUCUCCCUGCGGCACGUGGGGCGGAGCCGGCAGGAUGGAGGUGCAGCGAGCGCUGGAGUUCACACUGAGCGUCCCGUUCCCGUCCCCGCUGAACGCGCGGAUUGCCCACGGGGCCCUGAGUCCUGACCCCGAGCCCCGGAAAGGGGAGGUCAGCAAAGAACUGACAGUGGUGGAGAACUUGCUGCACGUGCGCUGGCGGGCGGCCGAGGCGCGGCUCCUGCGCGUCUCCAUCAGCUCCUUCCUGGACCAUCUCGGCCUUGUGGUGGAAACCAUGGAGCAGUUUGGGCCUCCUGUGCCCCGGUGACCUGCUCCUCUCAGGAUACAGGGUGCGUGCACCCCCCACCCCAGCAGCAGAUGCCACCGCCACAGCCCUGCUCCCUGCUUCAGCAAUAAACUGCAGCUGAGCCCCGGCAGCUGGUGUCAGUUUGUUCAU